UUUAUAUUUAUAUUUGGUCGGUGAAUUUUUCAUUGCAUUUAACGCAAGAGCAAUAACAAAUUACGUGGAAAAAGUGUGGGCGCUCCACUCACGCGUGCUGUGCAAUUAAUUUUGGCUACGUUCGUUUACUCGUUUUGUGCUGAAUAUCGAGCAAAAAUUGUGUUCCUCCAAGCAUAUACACACACGCACGCACACCUAUGUAGAUACAAAUGUAAAUAGAUAUAUAUAAAUACAAUACAUAUGUACGUGUUGUGCCAUUUGUGUGUGCGUCGACUGCAAUUGCAGUGCCCACCAGGUGUUUAUUUUAAGCGUGGCCAAAAAAGUCAACAACAGGAGCGCACAUGGAAAACGAGCCUUAUAAACAAAUCGCUCUGCCCGCUCUGCCCGCCCGCUGCCGUAGCCGUAGUUGCUGUUGGUGGUCAUGAAUCUAAAUCUGAAUCUGCAGCAAUCCCAUACAACAAAGCCUGCUUUGAGCCGUAUUAGCCUGGUCAAAACGCAAAGCAGCCAAAGCGAUGAAGGCGACACUACAACAACAGCAACAACAACAACGAAAACAACAACUAGCUUACGCGCUGCCAAACUUAAGAUCGAGGCCAUGCAACAGCAGCAGCAGCAACUCAAUGGCAGCAAAAGCAACAGCAACAACAUUAUAUUGCUGCGCGGAACACGCAAUGAAAAUGGCCAGAUCAUUAUACAGAACAAGCAGGACAUACUUAGUUUGCUUAGCGAGCAGCAGCAGCAGCAGGAUAAAGCAACUGCCAUAACGCUUAAUCAGCUGCCAACAGCAACAACUGUGGCACGCAAAACAAUUGUACAAGCAACAGCAACAACAACAGCGCAGCACAGUGGGAGCAACACUGGCGGCGGCGGCGGCAGCAACAGCAUUUCCAUUGUCACCAGCAGCAGCAGCGGCAAGGAGUCGAACACGAUACUGCUGCAGACGCCGAUCAAUGCCAGUCAGCUGGAGAGCGUGCUGAAGGCACAAAACACAGUCACAAAUAAGCCAAGCAGCAACACAAAGCUCAACGAGCGUCCCUUUAUGCUUAAACAUGCCACGCGCAGUCUUAGCUCGGAGAGCAGCUGUGAGAGCAAAUCGCCGUUUGUGCUGCAAACGCUCAAGCGGCUGGAGAAAUCACAGUCUAUACUCGUUAUACGCAACUCCACAACGACGGCAACGCCCACAAUUGCCAGCAGCAGCAACUUGCCACAACAGCAGCAGCAGCCGCCGCAUGUCUUAAGCGUUACGCGCACUGCUAAAGCGAGCAAAGCAGUUGCGGCUACGCUGCAAAAGCUUAAGGCAACAGCUGCCACUGCCACAACAACAACAACAACAACAGCUGCAGCAACGCCAACAACUUUACUAAGACUGGGCAAAAGCAUCAACAAGCCGUCAACCACAACAGCAGUUGCUGCUGCCACAACAGCUACAACAACAACAGCAACUGCUGCUGCCGCUCAUAAAGUGUCCACAACAUCAAUGGAGCAACAGCCACAAACGAAUGUGCCGCUUGGGAACGAUGGCGAACCCAUCAAGCUGCCCGACAAUUUGGAGAGCCUGCCAAGAGCCGACAGUUUUCCAUCACAGCGCCAUCGUUGGAAUACAAAUGAGGAAAUCGCAGCAAUUCUUAUCAGUUUUGAUAAGCACAGCGAAUGGCAAUCAAAAGAAGUUAGAACAAGGCCGAAGAGCGGCUCGUUGUUGUUGUAUUCACGGAAGAAAGUGCGCUACAGACGCGAUGGCUACUGCUGGAAGAAGCGCAAGGAUGGGAAGACAACGCGCGAGGAUCACAUGAAAUUAAAAGUACAAGGCACUGAGUGCAUUUAUGGUUGUUAUGUUCACUCGGCCAUAUUGCCCACAUUUCAUCGCAGAUGUUAUUGGCUGCUGCAGAAUCCAGAUAUUGUUUUGGUUCACUACUUGAAUGUGCCGUAUCCGGAUGAUAAUAAAAUGGCUGUCAUUGCGCCCAGCAUAACGUUGUGGGGUGACAAAAAGGAAUGGACCAAAGAGGAGCUGGUCAGUCAGCUAAAGCCUAUGCUAUCUACAGUAAAUUCAGAUGAGGACUCCGACUCUGGGAAUGAUAUAGAAAUAUCUACGGCGGAAACAGUCGAGUCUAUUGUCUGCCAGCUGAUGGAGAAGCAGCGCGUUUCGAGGCAGGCCGCCUUGGUGAAGCAGCUCGACUGCGGCUGUGGCGAUGCUGCCUGCGCUGAUGGCAAAACCUGCACACAUCCUGUAAUGCGCCGCUCGGGCAUACUCAAGUCUGUGGCGGACAAGCGGCCCAAUGACAGCUACAGCACGCACAGCAGCGUUGCCAAUGGCACGCCCAAUGUAGUUGUUGCCAGCAAGCUUUAUUCGCGCUGGUCGGAGCGACAUCGACAGCGUGACAGCAACGUGCAGCUGGACAAUACACACACACAGUAUCACAAUGCCACACAGCAAUUGCCGCAAGAGUCGGCCAUCAAAUUUCAAAUCAUUCCACAGCAACAGCCGCAACAGCAGCAGCAGCAGCAGCAACAGCAGCAGGCCAAUCAUAAUGAUGGCAGCUAUCAGCAGCAAUAUCGUGCUGCCAAUCAGCUGCUGACUACAAGAAGCAAUCAUUUAAUACAGCAGCAGCAGCAACAACAACAGCAGCAGCAGCAAUAUCAGCAGCAGCAGCAACACUUGAACUUGCAACGCUUUGUCGCCAGUCACAAUCAAAGCAAUCAAAACCAAAGUCAUAAUAAUAACAAUUCAGCACAUUUAAAUCAUCGCUUGCAAAUUGCGAAUACAACAAUCACAGCUACAACGAGAGAAGCAGCAACAGCAGCCGCAGCAGCAGUAGCAGCAACAACAGCAGCAGCAGCAUCGAAUGUUAUGGAUACGGAGCUAAUUGAAAACCAAAGCAAUGCAAAUGCCAAUAAAAUUGCCAGCAACAAGCAAUUAGCAGCAGCAACAACAACAACAACAGCAGCAGCACAAGUAAACAACGAAUUAAAUGUUGUAAACAAUAAUGCAAGCAAUAGCAACAACAGCAAUAACUUUAUAUACAAUCAACAGCAGCAGCAGCAGCAACAACAACAACAACAUUAUUAUAAAUUGCAGCAGUCUACUACCCCAAGUAGCAGCAAUCAACCCCCAGUUGAGGCCAUGUGCAUGUCACCUGAGCAUCAUAGCAGCAGCAGCAGCAGCAGCAACACCCUCAACAACAGCAACAACAAUCAGCUUACAGCAACAACGUCUUCCGCUGGCAAUACGGCUGCCAACUCAAACUCAACAUCCAGCUCAAGUUCCUUGCAGUCCAUUAUCGAUGGCAAUCAGCAGCAACAAAUUACAACGACAGCAGCCACAGCAGCAACAACAGCAACAACUUGUGAUAAUUUAAUGAGCGCCAAUGCCUUGGCUGAGCUGGAGCUGAGCAGCAGCAACGCCGAACAGCAGCAGCAGCAGCAGCAGCAGCAGCAGCAGCAGGCAGCGAAUAGUUACAAUCAGGCCAACAAUCAGCAAAUUAUAAGCAAGGCCACACUACUCAAUGGUUGUGCCACUUUUAGUGCUUCCAGUGAUAAUAGCAGCCAAAUUAGCGGCAGCGAUGACAGCAGCUUUGGUGCCAACAAUCAAAGCAACGAUGAGGAGCCAGCAGCGGAGACGUUGAGCUUCUUUAACGAAACGCUGGAUUUAUCGCAUGAGGAUAUACAACGCACGCUUAUAGCCAAUAUGCCGUACAACAAUGUGGCAACAACAACAACAACGACAACAACAGCAACAGCACUGCAUACAAAGUGCGACAACAGCAACAACCACAACGAAGCAAAGCAAACAGUUGAGGCUGAGCGCGAUGAGGCGGAUGUGUUUGCCAAUUUGGAUGCAUUUGAUAUGCUGGUGGAGUUUCCCGAGCUGGAUUUGGAUGACAAGCAGGCGCUGAACAACAGCGCGCUGGAGCAGGAGCAGGCGCAGGCACAUGACGCAGCUUUUGCUGCAGAUUGCAGCCAAACGCAGCGCAAGCUGCACAACAUUUGCGAUUUCAGUCCGGAGUGGUCGUAUACAGAGGGCGGCGUUAAGGUGCUGGUUGCAGGUCCUUGGAGCAGCGCAGGCGGCGGCGCAUACACAGUGCUGUUCGAUGCGCAGCCUGUGCCCACUGUGCUGGUGCAGGAGGGCGUGCUGCGCUGCUAUUGUCCAGCGCAUGAGGCGGGCAUGGUAACACUACAAGUUGCUUGCGCUGGUUAUUUGGUAUCCAAUGCAGCUAUGUUUGAGUACAAGCUGUCGCUGCUAGCAGAUGCGCCAUUCGAUGCAAGCAGCUCAAAUGAUUGUUUGUACAAAUUUACGCUGCUUAAUCGAUUGUCCACUAUAGAUGACAAGCUGCAGCUCAAGAUGGAGCAGAAACUAGCAACUGAACUUACGUCGCUUUACACUGAGCCCAACUUUGAGGAGAAACUGGUUGCCUAUUGUCACAAGCUUAGCAAGCACGCGUGGAGCACGCGCAGCGCAGUUGCCAGCUGGAGCAUUGGACUGCGCGGCAUGACUUUGCUGCAUUUAGCUGCUGCGCUAGGCUAUGCCAAGCUGGUGGCUGCUAUGCUCAACUGGCGCGCUGAGAAUCCACAUAUCAUACUGGAAACAGAGCUGGAUGCACUUAGUCAAGAUGUGCAUGGCUACACGCCGCUUGCGUGGGCCUGCGUGCGUGGCCAUGCGGAGUGCGCGCUGCUGCUUUACAAAUGGAAUCACAAUGCGCUUAAGAUUAAAACGCAAGCGCAGCAAACGCCGCUGGAUUUGGCCAGUCUAAAGUGCCAUAAGCAGCUGCUGGCGCAGCUUUAUCGCUUGGAGAAGGAACGACAACGCAAGCCGCGUGCGGGACUAGCUAAUCUAUCAAUGAAUCUAACGCUCGAUGCCAGCACAGAUGACAGCUAUAGCGUGUAUGAGCUGGGCAAGCAUGAUGGCGUUUUUCUGCGUCCUGUAGCGCUGCAUAGCAAUCAAAGUCCGCCCAACAGCGGCAGUCGCUACUCGAAGCGCAGCUCCAUUGACAGCGGCAUAAACAUGGAUAUGCGCAGCAAGUCGGGCAAACCUUUGGCUAGACUGCAUAGCACUUUUGAUGCUCACGAUGCUUAUGCGCUGGGCGUGGACUCUCCAUUGGAUUCCCUUGCUGGCAGCAAUUGCGCUGGUUUGCUUUCACCACUGCGUAAAAUGGAUUUUGCUUUGUGCGAGGUAUCCACAGGCGAGUCGAGUCCCAUUAACGACAAAGACAUCGAUUGCGAUGAUAAUUCGACAAGCGUAACGGAUGUCAACAUAAGCAAUGAGCUCAACGUCGAUGCCGUCGUAGGGGAUUCGGAUGCCAAAGUGCUAACGCUGGCGGAACACAUCAUAGCUGCGAUGCCCGAACGCAUUAAGAACGAAGCGGAUGAAAUGAUGGUGCUGGGCAGUCCUUUAACUGAGCCACUUACCUCAGAGUCUUCGGCGCUCACCGACAGCUUUAUGGAUCCGCUGCUUGACUCGCUGCCCAACACGCAUUUCGACAGCGAUUUUAGUUUUGAUUUUCAUGAUCAUAGCUAUCGCUAUCACGAUGUUAGCACACCUUGCUCCAGUCUUAGUCCAGCCAGCUCGGGACCGCUGCAAUCGCCCGCUAGCUACUCCAUACUGGGCACCGAUCCCUCGGUCAGCUCGCCCAGUCCGCCGCCAUCGACCAAGCAGCUAACAGAGUUCCUGCAUGCCUCCUGCAUAGCGCAGUAUCCGUUCGAGGCGGACUUCUCCAAGCUUACGCUCACCGAUACGGAGCAGCGCGAGCUGUACGAGGCAGCCAAAUGCAUACAGAAGGCGUAUCGUUCCUACAAGGGCCGCCAGAAGCUGGAGGAGCAGAACAAGGAGCGCACGGCGGCAAUUGUUAUACAAAACUAUUAUCGUCGCUAUAAGCAAUACGCCUACUAUAGGCAAAUGACCAAUGCGGCGCUUGUUAUACAGCACGGCUAUCGCUCGUAUCGGCGCAACAAGCGCUUCAAGAAGUCGCAGCAUACGCCCAGUGGGCUGGGCACAGGCAGCGAGCGCGGCAGCGUUAGCAGCAACUCGCAGUGUUUAUCCAGUUUCUAUGAUCACUACAAGCAGGAUCAGCAGCAGCAACAAGAGCUGAGCUCACAGCCCAGUACGCCAAAGGAAACAAGUCCUUCGGGUCCGCUUAAGCGUACUUAUUCGCAGUCUACACAAAAUCAGGCUGCUAGAAAAAUACAGCAAUUCAUGAGACAAUCACGCAUCAACAUUUGGGAUGGCAACCUGACGACUUUGACUACAGAGAGAGCGAGCCGAAAAAGAGAAGCUGGUGCACCAACGCAGGGCGGAAUACCUUCAAAACUUGCAGUAUCAAGGGCAGCAGGAAAUGUCAGUCUGCCUUAGUGACAAUGGCAGCAGCAGCAACAACAAUCUGCAUUAGUUGCAAUCCAAUCAAUAUGAACGCAACUGUUUGGAACUUUUGUUUUUAUGCAAUAAGCGACAACACUAUGUUCAAUAAGAAUUUAUUAAUAGCUUUAACAACUGAGUGAAACUUUCUACUUUCAUAUUUGUUUAUUAAGACACCUACCCCAGCACCUCUAGUAGUGGAACUUUGUUUCUUAAUUCUAAUAACUAGUUAUACGACAAGUUAUAUGUAGUGGCAAAGAUUUGCACUUUUAUUCAUUUGCAUAACGUAUUUUAAUAUUAU